UAUACAGGUGUGUAUUAAGUGAAGUUCAGCAGGAGCUGUUUGAAAGAGCCGCACGUCACUGUAAUAAAUUUGCUAAACUUAUCCCCAUGUCAUUUGUCCUCGGUUUUUACAUCUCCACAGCGUUCCAGCGGUGGUGGGGUCAGUACACCAGUUUUCCUCUUCCUGAUAAUCUGAUGAUGGUGGUGUCGGGGAACGUGCACGGCAUGGAUGAACGUGGACGGAUGAUCCGGCGCACACUAAUGAGAUACGCAAACCUGUCGUCCGUCCUCAUCCUGCGCUCCAUCAGCACACGUGUACGCAAACGCUUCCGAACGCUCGAGGAUAUCGUGGAGGCAGGGUUUAUGAGUGAAGACGAGUUGAAGACUCUGAAUCACCUGCACUCAGACUUUAAUAAAUACUGGAUGCCUCUGACGUGGUUCGCUAACUUAGCAUCACAAGCAAGAGAAGAGGGACGAGUGAAAGAAGACAUCGCUCUCAGACUGCUGAUGGAUGAGUUGAAUAAUUACAGAGGGAAGUGCAGCAUGCUCUUUCACUAUGACUGGAUCAGCAUCCCACUCGUCUACACUCAGGUGGUUACGAUAGCCGUGUACUCCUUCUUUGCUUUCUGUCUGAUUGGACGUCAGUUUGUGAAGCCUGAAAAAGCAGAUGAUCUGAAGGUCCAUGUGGAUCUGUAUGUGCCAGUCUUCACUCUGCUCGAGUUCUUCUUCUAUGCUGGCUGGCUGAAGGUCGGAGAACUGAUCAUCAACCCGUUUGGUGAAGACGAUGAUGACUUUGAAACUAAUCAGCUGAUUGAUCGUAACAUUCAGGUGUCGAUGCUUGCUGUGGAUGACAUGCACCAGAACCUUCCUCCUCUGCAGAAGGAUAAAUACUGGACAAAUAAAGCUCCAGGUCAAGCAUUCACUCCGGCACGGCCCAUCUUCAUGGGCUCCACCUACGACAUGAGGGUGACUGAUGAGGACGUGGAGGAGGCCUGGGCUGAUUAUAAGAUGCAGACGGUCAGCGUUUGGCCUCCAGCUGCACAAAAACAGAAGAAGAAUCGAGGAGGAGAGAAAAGACUCUGCUGCUGCUGCAGGACACACACAUCAUCUGCUGAGAACACACAUGAGAGAGAAGCUGAGGGAAUUAACAUGCUCCAGACUGAAACACACACUCCAGCACAGUGUGAGGAAACCACGCAGACGCAGACGCAGGCAGAGUGUGUUCUGGCUUUAGAACCUUCUGAUGAAGAUCAGCACGCAGAUCACCACGUUUCAGAUCUCCGAGAGACAAGACGCCAUCAGAAUAACAUGACAGAAUAACCACACACACACACCAAAUACAAACACAUACACGCACAGACACACAACUAAUAGACACACACAUCUUAUACACACAACUUCAUUUUGAAUAGUGUACUGUGUGUAAUGGGUACAGUGUGUGUGUACGGUGUGUGUACUGCAUUUAGUGUGUGUAGCUUUACAAUAAAACAAUCAAAGAUUUGGCCCAGUGUGUGUGUGUGUGUGUGUGUGUGUGUGUGUGUGUGAGUUAAUAAUCCUGAUCUUCAGUUAAACUCCAUGUGUACAUCUACAUCAUCAUAUCACCAUCAGCUCAUACACACCAUUUACACUGAAACGGUUUCUACAAUAAAAUUACAGUAAAUGCUAAAUUUACAAAUGACAAAAAAGACAAACUCAAACUUCACAUGUUCCAUGUUUAUCACUGAACCCUUUAUAACCUCAACACUGAUGGAACUGUGAUGAAGGACAUUCAGUGUUGAGGAUGAGGUUCCCUUUUGAGUCUGGUUCCUCUCAAAGUUUCUUCCUCAUAAAGUCUCAGGGAGUUUUGAUAAACUCUAUCUCCGUGAGCUGCUUUGGGAAAAUUUUAGGCCACACCUCCUCACUGCAAGUCUGCUACUGAGGAAGAACAUUUCAGUAUCACUUAUUAAAAGUGUAAAUUUGAAGAUAAUAAGAUAAGUGAAUUUUACAAUAAA